AUUGUUUAUUUGCGACAGCGGUCCCAGGCGCGCACCCGUCAGCGGAGGAGACGAGAGGACAGAGGGCGGCAGAAAGACCAAUAAAACCCCCAAUUAACCGAUUAUUCUGGAAAACCGGCGAACGAAAUCCAGCCGAGAUGUCAGAGGAAAAGCCAAAGGAGGGAGUCAAGACCGAGAACGACCACAUCAACCUCAAGGUGGCGGGGCAAGAUGGGUCGGUGGUCCAGUUCAAAAUCAAAAGACACACACCCCUCAGCAAACUAAUGAAGGCGUACUGCGAACGACAGGGUCUCUCAAUAAGGCAGAUCAGGUUCAGGUUUGAUGGCCAGCCCAUCAAUGAGACGGAUACACCUGCACAGCUGGAGAUGGAAGAUGAAGACACCAUAGAUGUUUUCCAGCAGCAGACGGGCGGGCGCUGCUAAGCCACACCCCAUUUCUUUGACGGCCACCCUCAGACCACGCCCUCAGCCACCACCACUGCCCCUCUGCUCCUCAUUGCUCCUCUCAGCCUAUUAUUAUUAUUAUUAUUAUUAUUAUUAUUAUUAUUUCUUCAGUUUCAAGAUGUCUGUCAUGUUUUUUUUGUCAGGUGUGUGUGUGUGUGUGUGUGGGGAGGGGGGGGGGGCGUCGUCAGCUGUUUCUGUACCGUCUCAGCCAGGACUGAACUUUUGUGCGUGUCAACAGUCGCUCUGCUGGCCAUUCAGGACAACAUUUCCCGUCUGGCACCGCAGGCUGUGAUCGGACCCACGGUGUGUCACAGCGGCGCCUGCUUUGUCAGUGCUUCUCGCUCACUCUCCAGUGAAAGCGUAGUAUCCAGUAGUUUGUCACGGUUUUCAUCCAGCGGGGUCGAAUGCGGGGGCUCUGCGAGUUUUGUCCAGGGGUCACAUGUCAAUGAUGGCAUGAAAACAUUUUUUCGAAGUCUGGAGGCACUAUCUGAACUUAAUACACACCCGCCUUCCAUUUCACUUCGCUCUCUUGUGUUUUUUUUGUCUGAAAUGUGACUCCUGCUCAUCUCGUCAUAAAAUGUAUUUUAAUUCUCUCCGCCUUUUAGGUGCUUUUGCAAAAGUAUUCUGCAAUGUUUUUUUCUAUUUUUGAUUUUUUCUUUUAAGAAUUUACUAGGGGGCUUGCUGAUCAUUUUUUUUUCUUUCUGUACAUAAGUAUCAGAGCGGAUGUUAGAUUUUUGUGGGGCUUGGACCAAUUCUCCAAAGACCGAACUUCUAUUUCAUAUUUGCUGUAUACUUGGAUCACUAUGGAAACAAACUGCAAGGUUAAACUGUCAGAUUUUAAGGGAGUUUGUAUUUCAUCAGUGUAAUUUGCUUUUUCUUUGACUGCUACUAAUUUAGAAAGAUUCCCUGGCCGUAUCCGCGGUACAGACUAUUACUCAGUCAUCCAGAGAAAUGUCGGCGUAAUGCUUUUGGGGUCAGCUGUCUCAUCUCUGUAUUGUCCUUGCGAAUGUAGGCAGAUGGGACAACUGAUUCUACAUGUGCUUUGAAGAGGAUUGGCCUCCAGUUUGAGCAAGAAUAUCCUGCAAAAGUCAGUAUGUCUUCGUCUUGCAAUUUGAAGAACCUUUCAUCUGCUUUGUCGACUGUUGAGAUCUUGUUUUCUGAUUUGCACAAGACAGACGUUGCAGGCCAAUUGUAUUAAACAACUCUGACUGCAGUUUUGAAUAUUUUGCAGUUAGGAGAAAGAUGCAUGCUGUUUGUCUCAUAUCUGGAGGGCAGGGAGGUCAACCUAUGGAGUUUGGGAGAUAAGUGUUCUGUACCCACAGGGCCCAGUUCUUUGUACAUGGAUAACUUAAGUUGGUUCGAUUUGAUUGUUCGUGGUCUGGUAUGAGCUUGGAGUCGGGAUUAAAAAGGACAUUUAGACCGUGAGCUUAGAACCCGCGAAGUGCAAGUUUCCUCAGAGUUGGUUGGAUCAUUAUUACAAUCAAUUUUAUUUUAUUAUCGAUGUUUUUUUUCUUUUUUGACAUAAGGCUGCACCUCUCUUUACAGCCACUGAGUGAUCAGUAUUGUUACGGCUGAAGAGGUUUAAAGUUCCAGUGUAUAAGGAUUUAGGGGGGCUCUGUUGGCAGAAAGGGAAUAUAAUAUCUACAAUGUUUUUCGUCAGGGAAAAUGGGAUUCUCAAAAUAAGCCAUUUAUUUCUGUCAGGUGUGGCUCCUCUUCCAUAAGUUUUCACAGGAGCCCAGAAAGGACAAAACCAAACACUGAUUCGAGGGAACUUCUCAUGUUCUUACAUGAAGGACACCUUAGGUUUGCAUACAUGCUUGGUUAGGGAGGAUAAGGGAGGCACAUUUUACUCAGUUGAAAUCUGCAUCGGUAGAAGCCACUAAAUCCUACACAGUGAACCUUUACCUAUUCACACAAUCAAAAGUACAACAAAAUAAAACCAGUGCAAUCUAGAAAAAACAAAAAAUCAAAUGUUUGGUGUGGUUUGAACCAGGGCAAAGGACCAUUUUAAGUUUGAUAAUGUUGUGAACCAUUGUUCUGUAGAGAUUUGCAAUAUAGAUUUAAUUCUUGUCUUGAGGCAGAAGUGUUGAAGGUGACUUAACGGGUCUUGGGAAUUCCCCAUUUGCUGAAGUGUAGUUAGUUGUAGUUCAGCAAAACUAGAAAGGUGCUGUAAUUUUAAAAAAAGUAAUUAAAACUAGUCUACAUAAUGUUUUAUAACCGUUUUCGAACCUAUGUAUAGAGUCAAAUUGUUGAAACUGUCUGCUGCUUCACUUCGCUCCGCCUCAUUUGUCAACACUGCGUGGUACAGAGACCCCUGCAGUGACUCCUGUAGACACGCCUCUGCACAAGCCAAUCACAAGUAAUGAUAAUGUUUUUCCGCUUCCCUCACAAAAUAAGAGCACAGCUAUCAAGACAAACAAAUCAGCCUUCCACUUGCAUCUGAAGAACCAAGUUAGCUGGACACAAAAAACAGACAAACUCAUUUUGAGCCGGUUAACAUGAGAGCUAAACUUCAAUGUACAAAGAACGGGGUCCAGGCUGUUGUCAUGUUAUUUGUUUCUCUACUGAUUUGUACAUUAUUUGUGGUCUUUUACUACUGUAAACAAUAAAUAUAGUUUGUUACUCAGA